CUGGAUAAGAAUCGGAUCGUAGCGUGCGGUGCGUAAAUUGGCUGCUGCGGUUUUCGGCGGUUUGAUGAAAUUCGAAUCGACCUGUCGUACGUAACUCAAGGUGUCGGUCGUCUCCCCCUGGUCCACCCUGGUCCUCAACAGCUUGGAGUCGGAGUGACAUUGUCCAUGUACCGGUACUUGACAAUCCCUCAUCGCUUUUUGGACCCCGUCCCCAAUGGAUUUCAGGGCCCAGGUACCUCCGCCACGCGCUGAUCGACUCUGUAGCUCCAGGUACCCUCCACUGACCGCCCGCCCCAGGCUCCUAGCCCAGGCCACGCCAGGCCAGGUUGUCGAGCGCCCCUCCACUCCCCCCUUCAACUUGACCCCUCCACUCCACCCGCUUCGGGUGUCUUCCCCUUCCAUUGAGCUUCCUUCAGUUCAGGACCAGUGGUUUUUUCGAGAGAGCUCACCCUCACUCACACACUCCUCAACUUGCAGUGUCUCGUUCCAAACUCUCGCUGCUUCUAUUUGCUCCUCCAUUCUCACCUCUCUCAUCGUCUUGAGCAAUCUUCAUCCUCUUCUCUUUCCCUUACUUUUUGCCCGUCUCUCUGUCAUAAUCUCAUCUCUCCCUCCAAUCCUCAAUUUCAACUUCAUUGUUGCAGCCCACUUGAGCUCGUGUGCAGUGGUGAGUGUGUGCUUUUUCCCCCGCCGAACGGUCGUCAACUCUCUUCAAAGAGCCAAAGUCAAUCGCAAUCAUGACUGCUUCACUUGAGCAUUGAGUCUUGCGCUCGUAUAAACCGCUGUGAAAUCCACUGUUUAGUUUUGUCAGCCCUGGCUGUUGUUUCAACUCCAAUCCUGAGCUGAACCAUUCGAAUCGAUUUUAUGCCUGCGAGACAACACCGAUCAUCCUUGAACCAGACCAGACUCAGCAUUUGCUAACCAGAUUCUCUCCACCAGAAUUGAAGAAAAGGAAUAAACCGACACUCGCCAAUUCAUUCUAAACUCUGCGUUUCUCCUCCUUUCCUCAUAAUUAAAAAUGUCCGCCAAAUCGAUUCUCGAGGCCGACGGCAAGGCCAUCCUCAACUACCACCUCACCCGCGCUCCCGUUAUCAAGCCCAGUCCUCUUCCUGCGCCUACUACUCACAACCCUCCCAGCAGACUCGCCUCGCUGCACUUCCCCGAGGAUGCCAAUGUUGAGGAUAUUCUGAACCAGGCUGAGGUCACCUACCCUUGGCUCCUCCAGCCCGACGCCAAGUUCGUUGCCAAGCCCGAUCAGCUCAUCAAGCGACGAGGAAAGAGUGGUCUUUUGGCCCUUAACAAGACCUGGCCUGAGGCUAAGGCUUGGGUCGCUGAGCGAGCCGGUAAGGAGCAGCAGGUUGAGCACACCACUGGUGUGUUGAGACAAUUCCUCGUCGAGCCUUUUGUUCCUCAUCCUCAAGACACUGAGUACUACAUCAACAUCAACUCAGUCCGUGAUGGCGACUGGAUCCUCUUCACCCACGAGGGCGGUGUUGAUGUCGGCGAUGUUGACGCUAAGGCUGAGAAGCUCUUGAUCCCCGUGGACCUCGCCGAGUACCCUUCCAACGAGGAGAUUGCUGCUACUCUUCUCAAGAAGGUUCCCCAGGGCGUCCACAACGUCCUUGUUGACUUCAUCACCCGCCUCUAUGCCGUCUACGUUGACUGCCAGUUCACGUAUCUCGAGAUCAACCCUCUCGUUGUCAUUCCCAACGAGGACAAGACCUCCGCCGCUGUCCACUUCCUCGAUCUUGCUGCCAAGCUCGACCAGACUGCCGACUUCGAGUGUGGUGUCAAGUGGGCCAUUGCUCGAUCUCCUGCUGCUCUCGGUCUUACCAACAUUGCUCCCUCUGCUGAUGGCAAGAUCAACAUCGAUGCCGGCCCUCCUAUGGAGUUCCCCGCCCCCUUCGGUCGUGAGCUGACCAAGGAGGAGGCUUACAUCGCUGACCUCGACGCUAAGACUGGUGCUUCCCUGAAGCUCACCGUUCUGAACGCCAAGGGCCGUAUCUGGACCCUUGUUGCUGGUGGUGGUGCUUCCGUCGUCUACGCCGAUGCCAUUGCCUCUGCUGGUUUCGCCGACGAGCUCGCCAACUACGGUGAGUACUCCGGUGCUCCCACCGAGUCUCAGACCUACCACUACGCUCGAACUGUUCUUGACCUCCUCCUCCGUGCUCCUCAAAGCGAUGAGGGCAAGGUUCUCUUCAUCGGUGGUGGUAUUGCCAACUUCACCAACGUCGCCAGCACUUUCAAGGGUGUUAUCCGGGCUCUGCGAGACUUCGCUCCUAAGUUGAUCGAGCACAAUGUUUCUAUCUGGGUGCGACGUGCCGGUCCCAACUACCAAGAGGGUCUGAAGAACAUGAAGGCCGCCACUCAGGAGCUCGGCCUCAACGCCAAGAUCUUUGGCCCUGAGAUGCACGUCUCUGGUAUUGUGCCUCUGGCCCUCGUCCCUGGCAAGUGGGAGGAGAGCAAGGCACAGGAGUUCCAGGCUUAAGGGGUUGAAAACUUUACCAGGGGAUUGGUAUAGUAUGAAGGGAUGAACGACUUUUUGUACUGCAAGAUAGACAAACGGGUACCAGGUGGUGCGAUGCAAUUCUUGGGGCUUGGGACCAAAAAUGGUCGAACAAGCCGUGUACGGCAGUAUUUGAGCUAUAACGGAAAGAAAGCUAAUAGAUCUGAUGACACUUAUGGAUUUGAUGAGCCUCUUAGUUAUCCAAGAUGCUUAUGUAUAAGAUGCUGUGUUGCAAGCUCCAUUGAUGUUGCAUGGAUAUUAAAUACAUUUCAAUGUAUCAUCCGCUUACGUGCGGUUUUCUUCCAUAGUUUGUCUUCCUAUUGUUGACCAAGCCAGAUUGAUUUAUUGGGUUCGUUGUAUCUUUCUAUAUCUAGAGGGGAAUGUCGAAUCAUUGUCUCUGACGUAAUCGAGGAGAGACUCGAACCGCGUAGAAUGACAUCAAGGCAGAGUCUUGUUUGAAAAAGUAGCAUCAGGGCAAAUUGAUGAAAACCCGACGUCUUUCAACGCAUCCAAUAAGGGUGCGGAGUAAUCGCCUCGAAGGAGGUCUAUAGGCAUAGGUGUAAAUGUGUGCUGUGCAGUAAUGUUUUUUGCGGUUCAUGUUGAAGAAGGCAAUAGGAAAGGAAUUGUACUGCCUCUUUCAUAUGGAUGCAGAUACUGGGCAAUAGAGGCACGAUGAUCAAAAUGGCGGCAGGAUAUGAUAAUGCUGAGUCGACCAAGUACUGAUGGCAUUGGGAACUUGACAUUUAGUAUGCCCUACUGUUCAGUUACUUUCACAUGCCACAGCCUGGCAGAGUUGUGCAAUCCCGAGCAAUUAAGUCCAUGUAAUUCUUAAGUCAAUAACAAACAGUGUAUCUGUAUAAAAAGCUCAAAUUGAGAGGAUCUCAAGAACCUUCCAGUGAGCAGGCUCAGAAUCUGAGCCUGAGAAGUAGUCGUCAUGUCACCAGAUGGUGGGGCGGGUGGUAUCGUAUACUUUUCGUAUCUGAAGAAAUCAAACGUGUUGUGACUUCCCGUUCCACGUACCAAAUGCAGCACAUUAUUCGUUUUCCGCUUGCUUCUUGUGCCUGUUCCAGACAGGCCCCUAAAGCGCAAACACCAUGGCGGCCAAAGGUAGGGCCAUAGCCCAAGCCAAAGGGCGGUUAAGAAUAGCAGCAUCCUCAUCAUCCUUGGCAUCUCCACCAUUUGAGUUGGUGCUGUUGUCGGUGUUGGUACUGUUAUUGUCAUCGGUAGUCUCGCUCCCUGUGUCUGCGUCGUUCUUACCAGACGCAUUGGACUCGUCGUCCUUCAGGGGAAUGACCUUAAGGUUCUUCAUAGCACUGCCAUCAGCGUUACUGACAUCAAGCUUGACGUUCCAGUCCGAGAUAUCGAUGAUCUUUCCGCUAGGCUUGUUCUUAAUACCGUUGUCGACCAGCUUUUGUGCAUCGUCAGGGAUAGUUGGAAGAGUAAAGUUGUUGUCGAAACCGCUAUCCUCGAUGAUGCUAGCCUUACAAGCCGGAGCCUUCGGAGAGCUCUUGCUUGCAGGCUGAGAUUGGACCUCCUUCCAGUUAAUCCUAGCAAACUGGUUCUUGAGGCGGUUGAAGUCUCCGAGAAUGCGAAGCUUGUCUCCAGUAAUCUUGACGAGGCCAUAGUUGUUGUCCUCCUCAGUAUACUCGUACACGACGCCACCCGAGAAGACCGGGGUCAUUUCGUCUCCGUACAUGGCUUGAGUCUCGUUCCAGUAACGAGGUUGAGGUUUGUUGCACCCAUAUUCACUGAAGAAGAUCGGGAUAGAGGUUGAGUUGAAGCCAGCAACAAGAUCGUCGUAAGAAGAAGUCUCAAAGGUGGCCUCAGGUCCACACCAUGAGUAAGAGUUGAGCGCAAAGAGGUCAGCACGGCUCAUAUCACCCUUGUCCUCCGAAUCGGCGCACUGAAGGUAGUUCCAAGUAUCCCACAGAACAUCGCGGACGUCAGCGGCGGAAUAGCCAACAGGAAUUUGGCGCUUCAAGUUGUUCUUGAUGUAGUUUUUGAGAUCGCGGGUGACAGCACGGAUAUACUGAGGGGCAAACUCAGCAGUGGCCUGGUUGUUGAUGACCUCGUUGGCGGAGAAGAAUAGAAGGGUAUUUGGGUAGUUGCCAAACGCCUCGGUGAUGGCAAAGGUGCGAUUAAGGUAGGCAGUGUAGUAACUCUCCCAUGGCUUCUCCGAGUGAAGAGCCUCACCAGGCAGAGGAGAGUUGACAUCAAUCAUCAUGUACAUGCCGGCCUAACAAAGUAUGUUAGAUCAUCACCCACGUAGGCUGAGCCAGAUCACUUACAGCAUUGAAAAUACUAGCAC